CCCGCAGGCCACGAUGGAGCCCACGGCCUCGCAGGUGUUCUGCGGGAGGGUGCUGGGCAUGGUCAACGCCGAGGACGUCAACGCCAUCAUCCUGGCCCAGAAAAACAUGUUGGAUCGCUUUGAGAAGACCAACGAGAUGCUGCUCAACUUCAACAACCUGUCCAGCGUCCGCAUGCAGCAGAUGAACGAGCGCUUCCUGCACCACACCAGGACCCUGGUGGAGAUGAAGAAGGACCUGGACAGCAUCUUCAGGAGGAUCCGGACGCUCAAAGGGAAGCUGGCAAAGCAGUACCCGGAGGCUUUCAGCAACAUCCACGAAUCCCCCAUCCUGGAGGACGACGACGACUUCGACCCCGUCCCCAAGAGCACCACAACCACCAUCGCUACCUCUGAGCAGAGCACCGAGUCCUGCGACACCAGCCCCGACAUCAUCUCCCCCACCACCAGCCAGGAUUUCGAGGAUUUAUCCCAAGGCCAGUACGACGGCCCGGCCGUGAACGGACAGAGUCUGACAGAUGAGGACACGGCCAACGGCCUGGACUAGGAGCCACGUUCUGGAGGACUUUCUAUCCUGUAUUUAUAUUUGUGUGUCGCUCUUAUAAUUUUUUUUUUUUCUCUUUUUUUUUUAUUUUUAUUUUUCUUGGGAAGAGGGAAGCGAAGGCUGGGAGAAGCUGAGGGAGGAAGGUGCUGUCCUUCUGCCUCCAAACUGCCAGCGAGGUGUAAAACCUGCCUCUUGCUUCAGGGGGAAUCAGUAAAUCCUGGCUUGGAAACGC